UAAAUGGAUCAGGUUCAGUUAAAUCACUAUCAUGUACUAAUUCUGGGAAGACAUUGGUGUUUUCCAAUUCGGGGAAGUCACUAUCAGGACCGGGUUCGGCCACGUCGUUAAUGAGUCAGGGUGGCAGGAAGAAGUACGUGAAGCAGGUGACCGGCAAACACAACGACACCGAGCUCCACUUGGCGGCACAGCGUGGGGAUGUAAUGGCGGUCAAGCAGAUUAUUGAUGAAAUUAAUGAGCAAAUGCUGAGGACUACGAAAGGGGAAGAGUUUGAUGUGGAGGUGGCUGAGAUUAGGGCUUCGGUGGUGAAUGAUGUGAAUGAUUUGGGAGAGACGGCUUUGUUUACCGCUGCAGAAAGAGGGCAUAUAGAGGUCGUGAAGGAACUGUUGCCAUACACGACUGAAGAAGGAGUUGCUUUGAAGAACAGGUCCGGUUUUGAUCCAUUACACAUUGCUGCUAGAGAAGGUCACCAAGAGAUUGUCCAGAUCUUUUUGGACCACGACCCGAAGCUGAGCAAAACAGUUGCUCAAUCAAAUGCGACUCCUCUUACAACUGCAGCUGCAAGAGGGCAUACAUCUGUAGUCAACGAAUUGUUAUCAAGAGAUCCUAGCUUGCUGGACAUCCCAAGAUCAAACGGAAAAAACGCGUUACACUUAGCUGCGCGGCAAGGGUAUGAAGACAUUGUCAGUGCAUUGCUUGCGAAAGAUCCACAAUUGGCAAGACGAACUGAUAAGAAAGGUCAGACUGCUUUGCAUAUGGCUGUGAAAGGGGUUGGUUGUGAAGUUGUGAAAUUGCUUCUUCAGGCUGAUCCAGCGAUCGUCAUGCUCCCCGACAAGUUUGGUAACACGGCUUUGCACGUAGCAACACGAAAGAAGCGGGUCGAGAUAGUAAAUGAGCUGUUACUUCUCCGUGACACGAACGUGAAUGCUUUGACGAGAGAUCACAAAACGGCUCUCGACAUCGUGUACGGACUCCCGUUCUCGGAAGAAACCUCGGAUAUCAUCGAAAAUUUGAUCCGUUAUGGGGCCGUAAGAGCGAAUGACUUGAACCAGCCACGAGACGAGCUCAGACAAACAGUCACAGAAAUCAGGAAUAAUGUCUACAAUCAGAUCGAGCAAGCCCGGAAAACAAACCGAAACAUGAGCGGUAUUGCCAAGGAGCUCCGGAAACUCCACCGUGAAGGGAUCAACAAUGCCACCAACACCGUCACGGUGGUGGCGGUUCUUUUCGCCACGGUCGCAUUCGCCGCCGUUUUCACGGUACCCGGCGGCAACGAGGAUAAUGGGAAGGCGGUAGCGGUUCAUAGUCCGUCCUUCAAGGUGUUCUUCAUCUUCAACGCGAUAGCGUUGUUUACGUCGCUGGCGGUGGUGGUGGUGCAGAUCACGGUGGUGAGGGGGGAGAUCAAGACGGAGAGACGGGUGGUUGAGGUGAUCAAUAAGUUGAUGUGGUUGGCCUCCGUGUGUACAACGGUGGCAUUUAUAUCGUCGUCGUAUAUAGUGGUGGGGAGACACCAUAGGUGGUCGGCGAUUCUGGUGACGGUGUUUGGGGCGGUGACAAUGGCGGGAGUUCUGAGUGGCAUGACGUAUUACGUGGUGAAAUCGAAGAAGCUACGGAGAGUGAGGAGGAAAUGUAAAAGCAACAGUGGGUCGUGGCGGCAGUGGGAGUUUUCCGACGCCGAAGAAAAGACGAUUUAUGCUAUCUAAUUCUAUCUUCUUUUGCUUCAGAUUAU